AUGGCGUCUUCUUCAACUUCGUUCAUUCACAAGAGAUUCACAUAUGAUGUGUUUUUAAGUUUUAGUGGUGAUGAUACUCGUAAAACCUUUGUUGAUCAUCUUUAUUUUGCUCUUCAGCAAAAACGCAUUCGCACUUUUAAGGAUGAUGACGACAUCAAGAUAGGGAAAAAUAUUAAGGAUGAGCUCAGCAAAUCCAUUGAAGACUCAAAGUUCCAUGUCAUUGUUUUCUCAAGGAACUACGCUUCUUCGUCUUGGUGUUUGGAUGAGCUAGCAAAGAUUAUGGAGUGCCAUAGGACAAAACACGGGCAUGUUGUUUGCCCGAUCUUCUAUGAUGUGGAACCCUCUGAAGUUCGCAACCUAUGUGGGGCAGUUGGAGAAGCCUUUGUAAAACAUAAAGAAGUCUCUAUUGAGAAAUGGAAAGGAGCUCUCAAAGAAAUAGUGGAUCUCAAAGGAUGGGAGUUGAAGAACACUUGUGAUGGGAAAUUCCUUCAUCGAAUGUCCUAUUUAUUCUUUCAUUGUAACUAUGGUAUCUAA